AUGAGAUUUCAUAUUCUUGGUUCUGGUCAUUUUGGUAACAUGAUAGCUCAUUAUCUUCGAAAACAUAAUCAUCAAGUUACUUUACUAUUUCGUACACCUGCUGCAUUAACACAUUUUGAAAAGCGUAAACGUAAAAUAACAGUAAUGAGAGAUAAUGAAUGUGAUAUCGAGCAAAGUUACGGUUACGAUACGGAAAUUUUACGUGGAUAUGAUAAAGAUGAAUUAGUGGAUCAAUAUUUUCAUUAUGGAUCAUAUUCUUCAAAUUCUAAUAUUCAAAGAUUAAUAGUCACCACAAAAGCUCAUGAAGUUAAUAGGUCAUUUCAAAGAGUUUUUUAUCGUCUUCCACCAACUAGUACUGUAAUUAUAAUAUCGCGUGGUAUGGGAAUUUAUGAAGAGUUGAUGGAAAACUUUUUUUCAAAAAAUGAGAAAUUAAGGCCAAAUAUUUUACUUGGUGCAUCUACACAUUUAUGUUACGACAUUAAGAAUGUAGACAGCCCAUUUGAUAUCUUUCACAGUGGAGUUGGAGGUAUUGACAUAGGAGUCAUACCUAGACGUGAUGAAAGAGAAAAAGAAAUCCUUAAAAACUCUGAGAUACUAGAAGGAAGUUCGUUAGGUACUACAAUAAAAGCUUUAACUCAGAUUUCAGAAUUACAAGUAAGGUGUAUUAAUGUUCUAAGUUUACAAAAUCGACUUUUGGAGAAUCUAGUAAUUAAUGCAUGUAUCAAUCCACUUACAACGAUUUUUAAUAUGCGUAAUGGAGGACUUUUAUUUAAUCCUGGUGCAGAUCGUGUAUUACGAGCAUUGUGUAAUGAAUCAGCUCAAGUGAUGCGAGAACAUAGAGAAUAUUUGGGAAUGAGACCAUCAAAUAGAUUUGGUCCCGGAAGGUUGGUUGAUGCGAUACAGCAAAUUUGUCAAGAGACUGCUUCCCGAAAAUCUGAUAUGUUAAAAGAUGCUAAAAAGCGCUAUAUAAUGGAAAUUGAUUAUUUGAAUGGAUAUUUGGUGAGAUUGGGUAAGAUUUAUGGUGUACCCACUCCGUUACAUCAAUUAGUAAUUGAUAUGAUAUAUUUAAAACAUAAGUUAUUAUCUGGUCCACGUAAAAAUCUAGAAGAAAAAUAUCUUACAAUAUAA